CACGGCACUGACGUCGGCCGAGCAGGCAAGCAGAGCUGCCGCUGGAAUGCGCGAUUAUGUGCUCGCUGGUGGCGUCGAGAGCUACUUGUUCGCGACGUGCUCCGCUCUCGCCAACACCGUCACGGGUGAACUGUUCUCCAUUGACCUCGGAGGCGGCAAAGAAUACCGCAGAUUUGCCCCCAAUAAUUCGCCUGCUGUUGAUUGGGUGAAGCUGAACGACAGCGGCGCAUCGACGGACAUCUUCGCCUGCUCGGACGCCGCGUUUGCAAUUAACGCUCUCGUGUUCAAGAUCAACGGCUCUUGUUAUGCAGGAGCCGCUAGUGGCAUAACUCUGUACGGCAUCCAGAACGACGAGCAGGACUGCGGUGACGCGCCUGCUGAAGUUGUCUACGCCAUGACGCCUCGUAAGUUGUCUACGCCAUGACGCCUCGUAAGUUGUCUACGUCAUGACGCCUCGUAAGUUGUCUACGUCAU